AAAAGAAAAAAAAGUAGGUCCUUUAGUUUACGACAUGGGCAAUAGGUUCCUGCGUAGGGGAGCCUGACUCCCCUUGGACUCUUUUUCUUUCUCGUUAAUCGCAAUCAUCAAAAUACCACCAUCGAGGCGAGAGACCGACAGGAGGAAGAGAACAGACCCCCACCCCCUCCCACUCACCCAAAAUGAGGAAGGACGGUCCACCGCCUUCCGUCGCCAAAAUGCUGAGCUGCUUCGAGACCAAGACUUUAGUCGUCACGUUCCUUGCUCUGGGGCUUGUCAUGCUCAUGUGGAAUCUCCCUCCCUACUACCAAAACCUCCUCUCCACCGGUCGCUCCUCCUGCUCCGCCGCCUCCUCCGCCGCCGCUCUUUCUAUUACCAAUGCAUCCUUUUCUAACUACUCCUCCAGCCAAGUUGCUGAAAAGAAGUACUCGGCCCCCAAAACUAUUCCCAUUCCUGACCCCAAUUAUCGAGUUUUCCGGCCCGUCGGCAACGCCGCCGCUCUGUUCGUCCUCAUGGGCGCCUACCGCGGCGGGCCCCGUACCUUCGCUGUCGUGGGUCUUGCCUCCAAGCCCAUUCACGUCUACGGUCGGCCCUGGUACAAAUGCGAGUGGAUCUCCAACAAUGGGUCAUCCAUUCGGGCCAUAGCCUAUAAGAUGCUUCCCGAUUGGGGCUAUGGACGCGUCUACACCGUCGUCGUUGUCAACUGCACCUUCCCCAUCAACCCCAAUCAGGAUAACAUAGGUGGGAAGCUUACUAUCAAUGCGUACUAUGGUCAGUCCCCAAGGAAGUACGAGAAAUUCACAGCCUUGGAGGAAGCACCGGGCUCUUACAACGAGUCCAAGUACCACCCGCCUUACCAGUACGAGUAUCUGUACUGUGGGUCAUCUUUGUACGGGAAUCUGAGCGGCGCUAGGAUCAGGGAAUGGAUGGCUUACCACGCCUGGUUCUUCGGACCCAAGUCGCACUUCGUCUUUCACGACGCGGGUGGGGUGUCGGCCGAGGUGAGGGCGGCGCUGGAGCCGUGGGUGAGAGCUGGGAGGGCCACUGUGCAGGACAUAAAGGGUCAGGCGGAGUUCGAUGGGUAUUACUAUAACCAGUUCUUGGUAGUGAAUGACUGUCUGCAUCGCUACCGACAGUCUGCCAAUUGGACCUUUUACUUCGAUGUGGAUGAGUAUAUCUAUCUUCCCGACGGAAAUACGCUGGAAUCUGUGCUCAAUGAGUUCUCCGAUUAUACUCAGUUCACUAUUGAGCAGAAUCCCAUGUCCAGUGUACUCUGCUUGAACGAUUCUACCCAUGAUUAUUCUAGGCAAUGGGGAUUCGAGAAGCUACUCUUCAGGGACUCAAGAACCGGAAUCCGGCGGGAUCGGAAGUACGCCAUUCAGGCUAAGAACGCCUAUGCGACCGGCGUGCACAUGUCGGAGAAUGUCGUUGGGAAGACAUUACACAAGACAGAAACGAAGAUCCGAUAUUAUCACUACCACAACUCCAUAUCGGUGCUAGGCGAACCGUGCAGGGAAUUCCUCCCAGUUUCGGCCAAGAACAACGUGACCUGGUACGACAAGCUCCCCUUCGUCUAUGAUGACAACAUGAAGCUGCUGGCCAACACCAUCAAGGAAUUCGAGCUCAAAACCAUCGGAAAUGUACAGCUCUAAGAUUAGCUAGGAGCGCCUUUUAGUGGUGCCCAAAAUGAUUUUUAUUGUGACCAUUGCACCAAAAUCCACAUGUGGGCAAGCAAAUGUUACUGCAGAUAUGUGAUGAUGGCUUGCUACUCA